AUGGGCGCCCCAUUCCUCCAACUCAGCAGACUCUACAUUGAAGGGACCAACUGGCCCGCCUUGGAGGGACUUUUAGAUGCAUCCGUGUCGAUGCUGCCCCGGGCAGACCAUGGGUUAGCCUCUGCAGCCCCCCGGUUGGACCAGGUCCAUGAUCUAGAUGCCAACCCCAACCAAGACGAUCUCACGGGUUACUUGAGCCCUUCGUCAUUGAGUAGCCGAGAAUCCCUCGCCACGACGUUUUCCCCUUGA